AUGUAUUUUUAUUGUUCAAACUUUGAAGUCUAUACAAACCACACUUAUCACCCGCUAAGACAUUGCCAACGAUCCAACGGGACGAUUAUUGGUCUCAGAAACGUGAAAACGUUCGAAGAUUGCGUCUCUUUUGGGCGAGAACGUUCAGCUUUGGCCUUCAAUUUCCGCUCCAACGACAAAAACAACACAAAUCGCUAUGAUUCGCUCAAGCCAAAGGAGGAAUCGAACAAAACUUGGAACUAUAACGUCGAAACAAGGCUCAAAAAUGAGGAUUUUUACAAUUGUCAGUUGCUGGAAUGUCCUGAAUAUGGAAAUUUCACCGGAAUGAUCAACGAUACGCGGUUCGAUUAUUACACUUUGUAUGCAAAACCGCCUCCGCCCUUUAGCUCAGUUUGCAUUCCGCAAGUUGGAAUGUUCGUCCUCUAUCAAAAACCGACGAACUAUACUUUUGCUUGGAAGACUUGUCGUGAGAUUGGAGGAGGAUUGGCGCAUGUAGUUUCCGAAAAAAGAACCAAUACUUUGGCGAAUUACUUGAAAAAUAACUUGAAUUUGACAGUUUCCAAAGAAGCGUAUGUCGGAUUGAACGAAAGUAUCGUAGAUAAGUUUAAUACGUCGUCCAAUGAGCCUCUCGAUUGUUUUUUGUAUCGGGCAUGGGCUCCAAAGCAUCCCGCAAAGAAUCGUCGUCCUGGAUGCGUCGGUCUAACAGUCGAUCGUUCGUGGAAAGUUUUCCAUUGUGCGCAUAAAAUGCCGUUUUUGUGCGAGAUUUUCACCACGGGACCAAAUAAAAAUGUGAGAAUUGACAGAAAAUGUUCCAUAACUCGUCCUAAUAAUCGCUUUAUUCGGAUAAAAGAGACGAAAAAUUUGAAUUGA